UUAUUUUCGUUGAGAAAAGGAAAUCCAAUAUAUUCAAUUCGGGUGCGUUUCGUUCGGGAAUAUUUCGGUUUUGGCAGUUUAGAUAAAGUGUUUAGACAACGAGCAUUUAUUGUGCAACGAAAGUGAAUUCACCUAUACGAAGUGCUUUAUUCUAAAUAACGAAAUCGAUCCGAACGAAAACGGAACCAAAUUGAAUAAAUUCAAAGCAAUCCAAAGCAACGAAGACGAAACGAGGAUAGAAUAGAACCGCGGCGUUCCGGGUUGCAAUUAGUUCGAAUUUAGAGUUAAAAGCGAAAUAAAAAUUCAAUAAAGUUCAACAGAAAUUUUCAUACAAAUUAAUUCAAAGCAACAAAAAAAAAAAUCAAAUAUAAACUUAAAAUGGCAGCAUUACAACAACGUAAACUUGUUCACAAGCAAUUCAACUCACCAAUGGGAUUGUAUUCAGCACAGAAUGUGAAGGAGACUCUUGAUAGAGAACUCAAAGCAUUUGGCCAAGAUGGGAUUGAAGUAGAUGAGACGCUCCUUAAGCCAUCCAACUUGGCUAACUCGGCCGUCUUAAGGGCGCUCGAGGAAGAAGAAAAUGAGCAACAAGGUGUCCUCCACAAGAAACAAGACACAAAUAAUAAAAAUACCCGUGAAAGUCGUCCACGUCAGCGUAUCAUUGUUGACCGUGAUACAGUUUUAAAAAUAAAUCGCCGUGGAUCACGUCAUCGCAGUCGAGACCACAGCUGGCCCCCACCACCACCUCAAGAUCGAUCACGAAGUGCCUCCGCCGAACAUCAUUUCGAUGAGAAAAUAUGCCACCAACAUAGAAUCGAUAAUAUAGCUAAAAAAUUCGACCAUCCCGAUGAUAAUCUAGAGGGUAGAAUAACUCCUCAACAUUAUAAAUCAACUGAUUCCCUAAAUUGCAAUAUAACCACCCACAAGAUAAAUGAACGUCGUUCACGAACACCCGAAUGGCGCCCAACGCCAACCCACCACAACAAAGUUGCCGAAAUAACUUUCCAAGUUCAUGUGGGUAUUGUCGAACCAAAGAAACAGUUUUUCGAAGAAAUUGCUGCCACAGAAAGUCAUCAUGAACCAACAUCUUCCUCCUCCUCCUCAUACUGGGAUAAAGUUGCCGAAUCCCGUUACCAACCAUGCAAACCAGCAUCGCACUUCAUAGAUCGCCCACAAACUGCAUCAUUGGAUCGUUAUAGUAGCAACAAACGCCAAAACAAACUGCCACCCUUAAAACCACGCAGUCAUAGCAGUACAUUACCCACCAGUACUAGGUCAUCAUGCAACAAAUCACCAUCACUGGGAAGGGAAAUAAAAUCAAAAUCACCCACUGACAUAGCCACAACUAUUUGGCCAUCAUCAUUGUCGUUGAUAUCAUCGUCAGCGUCGUCAUCAGAUAGAAAGUCAGUUACCAUAAAAUUGUCACCAUCCCAACUACAACUGAACAGCAGCAGCAAUGAUGGCAAUCAAAUUAAUUACGAUCCUAUUUCCAUGAAUAAUAAUAAUAAUCAUUGGGAUCACAGGAAAUCACAGACUUCAGCGAAACAGCCUGCCAAGCCAGCAGCUCCUCGUAUAAUUGACUGCAGUUCUCUGACAAAAAAAAACUACAGUACUACUAAUCCCACCCUGAGGAAUUCAACAGCAAAACCAUCAGCAGAGGCAAAUUUAAAUAAUGACGAACAACAGCAGCAGCAUCAAAAACACAAACAACACUUUCAUCCAUCAACGAAAAGUUAUGAUGGCAAUUUACCCACAAUAACCAAGGCCACCAUCAGCAGUCAAAUUGGUAGUUGCAAUAGCAGCAGUGGCAGUGGCAGUGGUGAUGCAAUAACCAAUGUCAAAUUAAAUGCCACAACAACUGUCAAACCACAAUUAAAUGCGAAUCUAAAUUCAAAAUCAGAUGUCAAACCGAAAUCCGAUGUUGCAAAAGAUACUACUACUUCGACUUGCGUCAGGUCAAUUGAUUUGAUUGAUGACACAAACCAAGGUGCCAUGAAAGCAGCCGGUUCAACACAUCCAACCAAUACGAGUGAUGAAAAAUUACAUUGCAAACAAGAAAAUAUCGUCAGCACAUUAUUGUCAAGACCGCAGCAAGUCUCUACGUUAUCAUCCUCGUCUUGCUCCAGCAACAAGACAAUAACAAGAAAUGAAAACAAAUUUCAAAAAGAUACAAUAUCUACUAGUAGCAGCAGCAUAAGGAUUCAACCCAUUAAUGGUGACAAAUACCGGAGGGCUGAUAGUAAAGAUACUGCUUCUGUUACAACUAAAGUUCCCAUAGUGGAUAGUAAUGGCAACAAAUCUCCAUCAGAAUGUAAGACAAAGCACGAACGUCGAAAGGGUAUUUACUAUACCGAUGGGGAAUAUCUAUUUGGUCCAUUUGGUACUACUGAAGACGAUGAAGACGAAGAAGAACAAGAGGACAAACUUCAGACACCACCCAAAGUCACUGUGAUACCAAUCGAAAUUGAGGGAAAAGCAGCAUCGCUGCCGCCACCCUCAACUACUACAUUGUCCUCCUCAAAUAAUGGAAUUGAAAUAUCCAACCUGGAGUCAAAGUGCGGCAAAAUCCAAAAGUCAAUCACCGAAGACCUGAGGCAAAUCGAUAGAUACAUGGAACAAGCAAAGAUGGCAUUGAAUCGAUUGCAAGUUGAACACAAGAUAGAAUUGCUACCAACAAUAUCACCGAUACCAUCACCAACACUACCAAUAGUGAUUCCAUCGAAAGUUAUGAUAGUUGAGACACCCCUGCAGGCAAUGAUAAGACGUGUCUUUCACAAACUACCUCAUCGUCGCACCCCAUCACCCAUUGCAUUCAACAGUAGCAACAAUUUUAUGACAUCGACAACUUCGAUAACUCGAGUGGAAAAUGUGCCAGUAGUUGAGAAGGCACUUUUCGAUUUAUCGAAUUUGACAGCGGUUUUGGCGCGAGGUAGUGAUGGCAAUCGGGUGUUGUCUCCGGUGAUGUUAUCGAUUCCAUCAAGACAACCAACGCCACCUAGUGUGGUGGUGGUUGAUGAUGAAGUAAGCGAUGAAACCGCUACUGCUACUAGCGCCGCCACUGCCCGUAGUCAAAGUAGUUUAUCGGAAGCGACUACGGUUACGGCAGCAAAUAGUCCAUUUACCGUUACAGAUGAAGAGUUGCCGCCAUCGUCGUCGUCUAAUCAAAUGCAACAGGAGAAAGAGAUAAUUCAGAGUAAAAACAUCCUUGCCGGGUAUUUAAUAACAAAAAAGGAUCAAGAGGACUUAAUGGCUAAAGCUAAGGCUGCUUCUCCUUCAUCACCCUCGCCGUCACCAUCAUCGUCGUCAGGAAAACCACAAAGCAAAAUUGCAAAUACACCAACAAUAAGUCACAACGUAUUGGCAACGUUGAACGAUAAUCGAGGAUAUGGAGUGGAAAAUGUCACAGGACACUCUUGUUCCAUUACGAAAAAGGACAACGAUAGUCGAUGGCAGGUGCAAUUAGCUAACAGUAGCAGCACAAAGCCAAUGCCAAUGCCGAAAACCAACGUACAACAACCACAUAGCAAUGAGGAGCAACAAAAUUCGAUAAAUAACAGAGACUGCACUCCUCGCAGGACACCCUCAAUCGAUGGUGAUGCACCACCUCCACCACCGCCUCCUCCGCCACCACCACCACCAAUUCAACAAUCGACAACGGUACCAUGGAGAACUAGGAAGACUACUAUGUCACCUGUAAAUAAUUUGAAAUAUCGUGUGAACGGACUUUAUGGUCACGAUGUGGGCCUAGUGACACCGGCAGUUGGAGCCAAUAAUGAUGCUGUUUCUUCUGUUGUUCAUGAUGCUGGCCCAACAAAAACAACAACAACACAAACAUCAUCAUCAUCGGUCUCGUCCUCUGAACGAACAGGUCGUGCUAGAAAUCGUAAAUCUGACGAAGGACCAAACAAGGUGAGGAGCUUGUCACAACCACCACCGUUUGAGUAUUUGAUUGAAUCGGUGCCAUCGUUGCAAUCGACGACAACAAGUACAAUCGAUUUGGUUGGUGACUUUGGUGAUGAUAAUCAUCAUACCGACUAUGACGACGAUGCUGACAAUCAUCGCAAGUAUCAUAAUGUAUCGCCGUGCUUAUAUUUUCCAGGACCUUUUCAUCCUACUACAGGUUAUAAACGUGUUGCCUGGCCACCCGUAGCGGAAGGUAGAACAGUAAGAGAAUUCACUCCGCAACCUGUGACACAACCACCAUAUCCGCAUCAGCAACACCAGCAACAACAACAACAACAAGCACAUCAACCACCACUUCAACAGUCAAACUAUCAAAGGCCUGGAGCAUCCCCAGUUCCGGCAGCUAACCAGGGUGGUCAUUAUCAUCCAAUUCAACAAGAGCAACAACAAUCUUCACCGCCAUCACAGCAACAUAAUCCCCAGGAGCCAUACUAUUUGCAGCAGAGACCCUCCCAAGCACCAGCACCUGGCAAUGCCAGUUCUACUGUUUCCUUUAGAGGUGGAAUAGCUAGUCCAGUUUACAAUACACCAAAACCUAAUCCCCAGCAACAAUUCCAACAACAACACCAAAACCAACACCCAUCCCAAUCCCAACCUCAAUCUUAUCAGCAACAACAACACCAGCAUUAUCAAGCACCCUCUACGCCGGAGCCACAACAGCAUUAUCAACCAUCACAGGUUGAUAACCAGCACCUUGAUGAACCAAACCGUGGCCGUUGGGGUCACGUUGCAUCGCCAGUACCUCAGCGUACUGGAUACGUUCAGAACUAUCAACCUGCUCAAAGACAGGUCUCUCAAGCACCCCCACAAUUCGAAUCCGAACCGCACUAUGGAUCUCAACAGCAGCAGAACCAUUAUGGGGCAUCAUCUGUACCACAAGUGAAUCAGAGUUACGAUCGCCAACCAUCCUGCGGACCUCCUCAACACCAGAAUAAUUUUGCUCCUGCUCCUUAUGCUCCUGCUACUGCUGUUCCACAGCAGUACUAUCAGGCGCACCAACAACCCCAACCGCAGCAAUAUAGUCAGACAUCUCAACCAAUUGACAACCAUUAUAAUUACUAUUCACAGCAAACCGAGCCGCAACAGUACCAACAACACCAACAAUUGCAACAGCAGCAGUACCGCGGUGAGAGUCCUGGUAUUAUAACAUUGCGCAAGGAAGCCCCGAUCACCCAGCAACCAGCGCCAGUUUAUACAUCACAACCAGCCGCCGCUAGCUACAGAGGAGGCUCAAGCAUGCGUGGAGAUCUGAAAUGGCCACCACCAGAAUACAAAGAGCAGGCCGUUGUUGAGAAUGAAGAACGUCGUAGAAUAGCCCAAGGACCAAUCUGCCGGCCAAGACGUAUCAAUAAGGACUAUACUCAGUUCUUCGCCAAAAAUGCUCUCAGCCACCACUAUCCGAGCUACAAAACUCCACCUGGCACUCAGCACAUUUAUAGCAGCUAUUAAAAACGGACAACGAUUUUAUUGACGACAAACAAAUGACUUAUUCUUAAUCUAACAACUAACAAAAACAAAAAACGAAAUAAUUCUAACCCCAAAAUGCAAAGAACAAAAAAUACAAAAAAAAAAUAUAAAAUCCCGAAUACUAACCAACUUACAUUUUCAAUACAUAAAAUGUUUUUAGUCUUUCGUUAUGGUAAAUUUUUUUGUUUAAGGACAAUGCCUUUGAUGAAUUGUAUGCUGAAUUUUUGUAUCACAAGGAAAUGGGCCUUUUUUAAGGUUAAACAAUAAAUAUUUCUUUACAAGGAUCUUGAUAAUUCCGCUUCUCAUCACGGUAAUUCUAAAAUAGUAAGAACAUCUACUAAAAAAAGUAAGCGCAAAUAUCGACGUCCUUUGAUGAAAUAUAAACACCCUAAAUUUCUGAAUGUAACAAUCACCAGCAUAGGACUCAUCCGAAGUCAUUCGAAUUAACAAAAAAAAAAGUUAAAUAUAAUUAAAUUAUUAUUAUAUCUUCAUUAGUUUAAAGUAUAUAAAAUUAUAUAGCAAUAUAUACUUUUUCAUAAAAAAAAAAUAUAUAAAUAUUAUUUAUAUAAAUUUAUUUAUUAUUAUUAUAAUUUAUUUAACCAGUCAUAUAUAUAUAUCUAUAUUUUUUGAGUGUAUUUUACUAAUAACUUUAGUUUGUUAUAUAAUUUUUUGUUGUUGCAUAGUGAAAAAAAAUAUAAAAAAACCAAAAAAAAAAGUAGCUAAAAACGAAUAUAGAUACAUAACGAGCUUUAAAUAAAACAUAAAAUCGAAUUAACCAAACAUAAUGAAAAAAAAAACACAAUUUUAAAAAGUAAAGUAGAUAAAAUAUAAUAAAUAAUUGAUAUAGCCCUUUCUUAAAAAAAAUAAUAAACAUCUUAAUUAGCACCAAUAUACAACUUAAUUAAACACCAAUAAGUUGAACAACUCUGGUAUUAAAGUUAAAAAAAAAAAAUAGAUGAAUAAAAAUCAGAGAUUGUUGUAUCUACACCAUCGACUUCGAAUGAAUUAUUUUUUUUUUAAGUGAAUUUAAAAUCGAAGAAAACGAAAAUAUAUUUUUUUCAUCUUAUUUUUAUUAUUUUUGACAUUUCAUUUAUAUUACAAUAUAAACAUAAAAUCAAAUAAACGAAAAACGAUUGUCCGUUAAAAAUGGGGGGCUAACUCUCAUAUUUAUUGAAAAUUUGUUGAUACCUAAUUUCGGUAUAAAUGAAAUAAGAAGUAAAAUAGAAGAGAAAAAAAAUAAUAAAUAAAAAAAAAAAAACAGCUUUGUGCCAUUUUGAGUUGAAUUCAAAAUAAAAUCAAACAUCAUCACGAAAAUUAAUAUUAAACAAAAUUAUAUAUUAAAUUUAACAAUUGUGAAUAAGCAUUUGUUUAAUUUAGGCUUAUAAUAUCGAAGCCAAAUUUUAACAUCUUAUAUAAAUGAAUUUCUGUUGUUCUUUGUUGUAAUAAAUGUGAAGUUGUAAGCUGAUUA